CGGGCGUGGAGGCGGCGAUGCUGCGGACAGUGCUGCGCCGGGGAGGAGCGGCCAUGAGGCAGGCCGCGUUGGCCGAGGGAUCUACGGGGAAUCUUCUCCGGCUGAGCGUGGCGGAACGGGAGCGCUCUCGGCGGCGUCGGCGCGACCCGGCGCGCGACGAGUUUUUCGUGCCGACGCCGGAGUCGCUUGCCUGGCUCGACUCCGUUACCUUGCCCAUGAUCCUCACCGCCGCCGCCGUGGCCCUCUUCACCAAGCUCCUCAUGAUGGAACAUGAAGCUACAGAUCAAGAAAGGAGAGAGCGCAAGAUAAAGAAUAGUCACCCUGAGCAGGGAACAGUGCGGAUGCUUUCACGUGAAGAAUGGGAUGAAAUCCAAGAAGUCAGGCCAAGGACUCCCUUUGAAUCAAAGUUAGCCCGUCCGCAAGCCCGCUUAAGAACAGGGGAACCAAUGCGUCUGGAGGAUGCCAAGGACUGGGCUAUUGAUGUGCUCACGGAUGCCUUUACUCGAGCGGAAGAGAGCGCUAAGCGGAAGUGAUUCGGAAGAAACGUUCACAUCCAGUUUGAAGUUUUGUUUGGACGAAUCACCUGGGGGUUCUCUUGAACCCACAUUUCAUGUUCUGUUUUGAAGUCUGAGUUCCUGAGUCCCUGUAAAUGCCAACUCCUGCAAAUCUGCGACGAAUUACGUUAGCUAGAAUAGCAUUACCUCGCUGGUAAUAAGUACUGAAGCCUGCACCGUUCAACUU